GGCAAGGGCAAGUGCAGCAGGUGCAGUCGCUUGGGAUUUGCGGCAUCAAACACAACUGCUAAGCUGGGCCUUUGCAUUUAGUGAAGUCGUCGCCCGUUUCCUGUCCCGUCGUCGGACACGUGCUGCAACCGCUGCACAGCGAGGAACAAGUACUCAAGCCUCGGUCGUAUAUUACCAAGCUAUUCUCUGACGUCAGAUAACGGUAGCGCGACCGGAGACUACACGAGAGGCAACUGCUGCCGCUCAGAAUCUGCGGCAUCAAACAGAUCGUGAAAAGCUGUGCCUUUGAAUUUUGUAGGUCUUGCAGAUAUUUUCCCCCUGUCUCCUCGGUGAGCUAUGCGAUACGCAUCUAUAUUUUGGUGAAGGAGGAAGCAUGGCCGCUAUUGUGAACCAUGACUCUAAGACCAACAAAAAGCGCAGCCACAGCCUCAGAGACAGGAUGGCGCGCCCGCACACCGCUUGAUCUCGGAGCCGAUAAUUCGGCUCGAAAGGUCACCUUCUGCUCGACAGCGCGCUUGAAGACGAUACGAUAUGAACAGAAACGGAGGUGUGGUCUGGCUGUGGCCGCAAACAUGGAAGAUUGGAGUUGCGGUAUCCGUCGUUGCGUUGAUGUGCGGUGCAUGGUGGAUUAUAUUGCCACGGCAUGCUUCCAAGAAAUUUAGCAAGAGACGCAGUAAACACUGGAGGCGCAGGCACAUUGCCAAUAGCGAACAUAUGCCACCAGUUUUCCCAAAUGGUUGGAUUCCGGUGCUAGAGUCGUCGGAGCUUGGUGUCAACGACGUAAUACCGCUGCACGCAUUUGGCCAGGAGCUGGUGGCGUUCCGCACCGCGGACGGCGUUGCGCACGUUCUGGACGCUUACUGCCCGCACCUGGGCGCCCACCUGGGGGUACUGGGGCGCGUGGUAGGGGAUUGCAUCGAGUGCCCGUUCCAUGGGUGGAGGUUCCGAGGAAACAACGGAGCAUGCGCAUACGUACCGUAUGCCAGCAAAACGCCGUCAUUUGUGUCGGUGAAAGCAUGGACUUGUCGAGAAUCGUGCGGCCUCAUCGUCGUCUGGUUCCAUGCGGACGGAGAAGAACCCUCGUGGAUGAUCGACGCUCCGACUGAUGUGGCCAACGGCACGAUGCGACAGAUGGCACGCUAUGAGACGCUCUGUUCGGGUCACAUCCAGGACAUUGCCCAGAAGGUGGCCGACGGAGCUCACCUGAACUGCCUGCACGCAGCCACUUGCCUAUUGUCCCUAAAGGAAUUCACGAGGCGACCCAGAGAUUCGUGGCUGUGUCGCCUAAUGGAGCUCAAGUGGGACGCGAAAUUUGCAGUGGCCGGUGAGGAGGUCUCCGCGUCGUUGUCCAUACAAAUGUCGCUGAUGGGAUGGAAGCCCAAGUUCGCUCAAUGCCGAGGCGUCGUGAGGCAGGUGGGCCCGGCUCUGACCAUUGUCACGGUCCGCAACAUUUUCGGAGAAUUCGUUGCGGUGGUUUCGGCGACGCCGGAGGCUCCAUUUCGAACGCGCAUUGUUCACCGCUCUUAUGGGAGACCUGGGCUCUUGUCCUGGUUUUGGUGCCACGCAGCAGAACAUGGUAUCAGCAACAUGAUGGACAGAGACGUCACUCUAUGGAAUGAGAAGACCUUUAAGGAGCCUAUUUUGUUGGAUGAAGAUAACAACAUCAAGGAAUUCGGAAAUUGGUACAGCCAAUUUUACAGCAAGAGCAGCCCGACAUGGCAACAAGUGAAAGAAACAAGCUUGUCCUGGUGAUACGGGGACGGCUGUGAAUAGGAGUCAACUCUUUGUUCCUCUUAUAUUUAUACGCUGAUUGUAAGGUUUUUUGUUGCAUAAGCAUUCUUAGGGCACUUCACGUGCUUUCCUGGGCUA